AGUUGGAAAUAUAAUAAUAAGAAGCAGACCAUGAUAUCAUCAUCCAUUAUCCAAUGAUCCUAAGUUUCCAGCCAAAAACAAGAUUAAGAAGAUGAAAUUCUGCAAGAAAUACGAGGAGUACAUGCAAACGCAAGAUGAGAAAAAAUUACCAGCUGUAGGUUUCAAAAAUCUCAAGAAGAUCUUGAAACGUUGUCGAACCACCGAUACCAUUGUUUCUCAUCGAUCACAAUCCUCAUCCUCCUCUCUUCUUGUUAAUCAAUCUCCUGAUAUCUGCCCUCAUCAUUGCCCGGUGUGUGAUGGAACAUUCUUUCCCUCCCUUAUGAAAGAGAUGUCAGCAGUGGUUGGAUGCUUUAACAAGCGCGCUCAGAAACUGCUUGAUGUUCAUCUAGCAACAGGGUUUCGCAAGUAUUAUGUUUGGUGCAGAGGUAAGUUGCAGGGUAACCAUGGUGCUUUAAUACAAGAAGGCAAAGACCUGGUUGCGUAUGCCAUUAUCAAUGCCAUUGCUUUGCGUAAAAUUCUCAAGAAAUAUGAUAAGAUACAUUACUCAAAGCACGGGCAAGCCUUCCGGUCACAAGUCCAAAGCAUGCACAUGGAAAUCCUGCAGUCUCCGUGGCUUUGUGAACUGAUCGCGUUCCAUAUAAAUUUGAGGGAAACAAGCAGAAAGGCUUUUGAGGGACCGUCUCUUGUGUUUAACGACGGAAAACCAUCACUUUCUUGUGAGCUUUCUGAUACCUUCAAAAUUGAGAUUGAUUUGACUUGUUCAAUAUGUUUGGACACUGUAUUUGAUUCAGUAUCUCUUACUUGUGGGCAUAUCUUCUGCUACAUGUGUGCUUGCAAAUCUGGAUCGGUGACAAUUGUUGAUGGAUUACAAGCAGCAAAAUCGACAGCAAAAUGCCCUCUUUGUCGAGAGGCAGGGGUUUAUGAAGGAGCUCUACAUUUGGAUGAGCUAAACAUUCUAUUAAGUAGAAGCUGUCCAACAUAUUGGGAAGAAAGACUUCAGAACGAAAGAGUCGAAAGAAUUCGACAGGCAAAAGAACACUGGGAAUCCCAGUCCCGGGCAUUUCUAGGUAUCUAAAAACAGUAUCUCUUUACAAGCCCUUGAAUAAAUAGCACCAGUAGUAGUAAUUAUCCAGAAUUCUUGUUUUUAAUUUAUUCAGAAUGUUUAUUGCAAUUCGCUUUUGCAACUAUUUUGUACAUACAGACAGGCUAAAUCUUUA